AUGGACGAUCCCGCUCCACCACACCAGCUCUUCGAUACCAUCCUCGUCCUGGACUUCGGGUCUCAAUACACCCAUCUUAUCACAAGGCGACUGCGUGAACUCAAUGUCUACUCCGAGAUGCUGCCAUGCACUCAGAAGCUGGCAGACUUGACAUGGAAACCUAAAGGUGUCAUCCUGUCUGGUGGCCCUUACUCAGUUUACGCGUCAGAUGCGCCACAUGUCGAUCCUGAAGUCUUCAACCUCGACGUACCGAUUUUGGGAAUCUGCUAUGGCUUACAGGAGCUUGCUUGGCACUUCGGCAAGAACGUACUGGCGGGCGAGAAGCGAGAGUACGGCCGUGCUGCGCUCAACAUCCACCCGCGAAAUGGCCAGGAAGCGCACGUCAGCCGCUUGUUCGAAGGACUACCUGACGAUAUGGACGUAUGGAUGUCGCACGGUGACAAGCUCUCCCGCCUACCAGACGAUUUCAUCACCAUCGCAACUUCUGCAAACUCUCCGUACGCGGCCAUUGCGCACGAAAGCAAGGAAUACUACGGCGUGCAAUUUCACCCUGAAGUCACACAUACUCCGAAAGGCACCCAAGUCAUCCGCAACUUUGCCGUCAGCAUCUGCAAAGCUCGGCAGAACUGGACCAUGGAGGCGUUCCGUGACAAGGAAGUUGAGCGGAUUCGAAAGCUCGUCGGCCCGAAAGGUCAGGUUAUUGGCGCAGUCAGCGGUGGCGUGGAUUCCACCGUUGCCGCAAAGUUGAUGCACGAAGCCAUCGGCGACCGCUUUCACGCCGUCAUGGUUGACAACGGCGUGCUGCGGAAAGACGAAGCCAAGCAAGUCAAGCAAACACUAACCAAGAAUCUUGGGGUCAACCUUACCGUGGUUGACGCAAGCGAGCGCUUUCUGAGUCUGCUGAAAGGUGUUGAGGAUCCGGAGAAGAAGCGCAAGAUCAUCGGCAAUACCUUCAUUGAGAUCUUCGAAGAGGAAGCGAAGAAGAUUGCCAAGGAAGCCGAGAAUACGCCUCGAGCGGGCAACAUCGAGUACUUUCUUCAGGGUACGCUGUAUCCGGAUGUCAUCGAAUCCAUCAGCUUCAAAGGCCCUAGUGCUACCAUCAAGACACAUCACAACGUGGGUGGUCUGCCGGAGAAGAUGAACCUCAAACUGAUUGAGCCGCUGAGGGAGCUCUUCAAGGAUGAAGUCCGAGCCAUCGGCACCGAAUUAGGCAUUGCGGAGGAGCUCGUCUGGCGCCAUCCGUUUCCGGGUCCUGGUCUGGCCAUCCGUAUCAUCGGCGAAGUCACACCAGAGAAGGUGCGCAUAGUACAAGAAGCUGACGCGAUCUUUAUGGAGGAGCUCAAAGCGGGCAAAACCAAGGAUGGCACCUCGCUGUACCGAGACAUCAGUCAAGCGUUUGCCGCGCUGUUCGUCGACAAGGCAGUAGGUGUUGUUGGCGAUCAGAGACUGCAUGGUUAUGUUAUCGCGUUGAGAGCGGUGAAGACAACCGACUUCAUGACCGCCAAGGCCUACUGGUUCGACGAAGAGUUUGCUUCCCGGGUUAGCGACCGUAUCGGGAACGAGGUGCAAGGCGUCGCUCGUGUAGUGUACGAAUGGACGAGCAAACCGCCUGCCACUAUCGAGCUGGAAUAG